AUGAUCGACGAAAUUGUGAACGAUGGCGAGGAGGACUUUAUCUUCAACGAGUAUGCCAUUGAUGACACGCUUGAUCCGUUGAGCCGCCUGUUAAAUUAUCAUUCUUCGGGGUUCUCGCUUCAGCGGGAAUUCCUUUUACGUGAGAUUGUCGACACUGUGAAGUUUGCCGGCUUUGAUCAAAGUGUAAAGAUGAUUCUCCCCUUACUAAUCGGGUUCGCUUCCGACUGUGAGCCUUUGGUGCGACGAAUGCUAGUGCAGCAGCUUCCAGACAUGGCCAGGUAUUUUCUGGAGCAAGGUGGCGAUGCCGGGUACGAAUAUCUGUUGAGUCGCUUCCUUCCCAUUGGAUUUGAACUUCUCAUAGACAAAAAUGUGGAAGUUGGCGCCUCGGCCUUUGCGUCGUUAAAAGAGCUUGCGGAGCUAGUCAAACCAGAGCAUGUUCAGAAUCACCUGCUUAGUGUUGUUGUUAUGCUGGCUCAUGAUGAACGGGCUGAGGACUAUCGUGUGGUGGCGGCUCGCCUUUUUAAUGGGUUGGCUGCAAUUUUCGGCAAAAACUGUUGCGUAAAUGAUGUACUGCCUGAACUGGAACUCCUUGCGAACGACAGCAAUUUUUCUGUCCGUAAAGCAGUUGGAGCGAACUUGGGUGAGAUCAGCAAGGUAGUAGAGGAGAAUACGGCGGAGAACGUUGUGCUUCCUAUAUUUUUGAACUUGUGCGAGGACGAAAUUUGGGGGGUUCGUAAGGUGUGUAUCACAAGCGCUGAGGGCAUUGCGCUUGCUGUUACGCCUGAGACACGUGUUGCGAAGCUUUUACCGGCAUACCUCCUCCUUCUUCAAGAUUCAUCGCAGUGGGUGCGGAAUGGUGCCCAUGACUCUCUUGGAAAUUUUUUGCAUACACUUCGACCCUCAGAUUUGAGUCCAGCCUUACUGAAAUUAUAUACAGACAUGGCGUUCCAGUCGGAAAAUGGCGAUACGGUUUACAGUGAGCCAUGUGCUUUUGCACUGCCUGCAGUGGUGAAGGUGGCAGGAAAGGAGCGGUGGAACGAAGUGGCGGACGCGUAUGCCACACUUCUCAAAGACGUAAAGUGGAAGGUUCGCAGAUCGCUGGCGUAUUCGCUCCAUGAAAUUGCCCUCAUUUUAGGUCAAGAAAUCACUGAAUCGGACCUUGUCGUCGCCUUUGAGUUGCUUCUAAGAGACUUGGACGAGGUGCGGCUUGGGGUUGUACUACACGCCGAUGUUUUUCUUGGCGUUGUGGGACAGGCAACGCGGGAGCGGCUCAUACCCUUGCUUUGUCAUGCUCCUUUAGAAAGUGAGAAUUGGCGAAUUCUUAAUGUCGUGGCGCAGCGCAUUGGGGAUGUUGGUGUACUUCUUGACCCGGUUAAUAGCACUGCCCUGAAUGUUAUCAUCAACCUAGUGGUCCGUCUCCUGAACGAUGGAGUGAUGGAGGUGCGCCGGUCAACGUACCGCUCAGCUGCGAUGUUGCUGCAGCAUCUUGCGAGUGUGGGAAAAGAAAAUUCGUGCGGCGGAUACGUACAAACGUUAGUGCAGAUUGCCGAUCUCCACAGCUUUCGGGAACGCCUGAUGUUCCCGUACAUUGCCGAGGAGGUGGCGAAGCUGGGUGCAACUUCUUUGGUGGAGCGGUACUUUAUGGAUGGUCUGCUGAAGUUAGCGAAUGACGCUGUGGGCAACGUGCGGCUUGCCGUCGACUCCGUGUUGACGCGUACGUUCCUGGUCGAUCCAUACUGGUCGACGAACCAAAAAAUCGCUCGGGUCCAAAAAUUACUUCAAGAAAAAAAUUCCGACGGCUGA